AUGGCAUCACCAACAACUUUUGCGCAGGGUUCUAUCGAGCCGAUCGCUCAUGAUCAACAUGGCUCAGAGGAGGAUGAGUUUGAGACGUCAGAUUUUGACUCGGAGACCUUAUCGUCCAGCGCGACGAGUUUAAAUACGAGUAUUUAUCAGCAUGCGUUUGAGAAUGGAAGACGGUAUCACCAGUACCGUCAUGGAACAUAUCCCAUUCCAAAUGACGAUGCUGAGCAGAACCGAGACGACAUGAAGCAUGCAAUGAUGCUGGAGCUAACUAGUGGCAAUUUGUUCUUCUCGCCCAUCGGAGAUAACCCUCAAAAGAUUAUCGAUCUGGCCACCGGAACUGGCAUUUGGGCAAUUGACAUCGCCGAUAAAUUCCCCAGUGCUUCCGUCAUUGGAGUUGACCUCAGUCCUAUCCAGCCCUCUUGGGUCCCACCGAACCUCAAGUUCAUGGUCGACGACAUCGAGGAUGAGUGGAUGCACGGGAACGACUUUGACUUUGUGCACAUGCGCUGCAUUAGUCCUUGGUUAAAGGAUGAAGCACAUGAAACCUGGCGCUUGGAUCGAGUUCAAGAGCUUGACGCACGCGCAAACUGCGACGAUGGAUCUCUUGCGCCGGAUGCACCGCUCGCCAAAUUCUUCGACACUGCAGAGAAGGCCGUCGCCAGCUUUGGCAUGAAAUUCCGCGCUGGUGAAAAUCUUCGCGAACCUCUUGAGAAAGCCGGCUUCACCAACGUGAGCUGCAAAGUUCUCAAAGUCCCCAUUGGAACGUGGGCGAAGGACAAAAAACUCCGUCUCGUUGGUCUCUACUUAAAGACUGCUGUUAGUGACAUGUUUGGGGCCAUGGCCGCCAAGCCUCUACGCAAAAUCCUUGGGCCGGAAGAGAUUGAGGUUUUCUUGGCUCAUGCGAGAAAGGAUCUGGAAAAUGUCAAGAUUCAUUCUUAUGAAAAGUAUUACUUUUGGAUGGGACAGAAGUCCGAGAAGUAG